AUGCCGUGCUUCUAUGAACUGCGCAUGUUAAGGCUCUUUGAGCAGUAUGAACUGUCCGACAACGCAAGAACAAUGUUCAAAGCACUUGAGGAAUUCAAGACGGCUAGAAUUGAUGAGGCAGCACUUGGACGUUUGAUUCGCCUAUCACCCAAUAAUCGAGCGGCUCUUCUUAACACCAUGGUGAAAUGUGCGGCUAUCAUGAAGGACAAGCCCAAAGAGAGCAAAUAUUGUCUCGAUAUUAUCACCAGCUGCGGAAGCAUGCUCGAGAUCGCCGAUAGGCCCCCUCAGGAAGUUGGCUUCCCGGGAUUUCUCAAACUCCCACGGGAAAUACGCGACCGUAUCUAUGAUCUUUAUUUGAAAAACCACCGCGGAGCGCCAUAUCUCAUUCCCCACCCUAAGAGCGGCAGCUGUGCAUGUGCGCCACACGAGUCACACCCAUACUCAAGAUUCAAUCCUGUACAACUGGCCCUGGGUCGCACCUCUAAGCAAGUCAGCAAUGAGCUACUGACUUGCUUCUACCGCAAACGGACUUUUUACUUUCCUUGUGCGUGUGAGAUGAACUACCACCUAACCAACAAUGUCUUGCUGAAAACUGCAUUGAUGCACGUUAUGUUUCAUUGGUGUGGCGAGCUUGCAGAUGUGGGUAUCCGUCAACUGCAGAAUAUGAAUCAGCUUGAGACGUUGACUGUUGUUAUAUCUAAAACUACUUCUCGACUGCUCACCGAAAGGGAGCAUACGAUUCGCCAGUUCUUUGGCACAAGGCGUAACUCCCAGGGAUUUCUCACUGAAUCCCUCGGCUGGGAAGAAUUGAUCGAGAUCCGUGGCUUGAAGAAGGUCAGGGUAGAGCAUGUCGAUAAGCGUAAGGCCGACAGACGGACUGAUGGAGACCGACGCAGUCUUGAGAAUAUGCUGGUUUCCUAUCUCUUGCGCCCUGCCAAGGAUGACCAAUAAAGAAUUUGAGUGAGACUGCAGAGCGGACUUGCGACUACAGUGGAUAGAUGACUAUUCACAAAAUGGAUGUUACUUACCAUCAGAGAUGGGUAAUGUGACGAGAGCAAGAUGAACGGUUGCCUGUAGCACCUGGUGUGCUUCCCGGGCCCGUAUCAAGGACUCAAUUAUUGAGGAAAUUAUAGUGUUAAGCAUGAGAUGGAUUUUAAAGAAGGGGAUACUGCGUUGCUUUUUUCUUAUGACUGAUGAACAAAAGCCAAGCUUUGUGGCACUUACAUAACCCAUUUAGGCAUACCUCAAUCUGAAACCCACAGAUCAGAAUGAAGAGGUGCACUACUGCCGUGCAGUAUUAGAUAGCUAGAUGAGGACAAUGAUACACAGACCUGAACCAAAAGCUAGUGAACCUAUUGCCAAAACACGUUUAUAUAGUAGUGAUUAACCAUAUGAGCUUCCUGUUACCUAGACUCAGCAUGAUACCUGUUACAUACAUAUACAUGUAUACAGGAUGUGGAUAUAGCCUGCAUAAGCGUUUCGGCGGCUCAGUGUGGAUAGGUAUGUGAAGAGGCUUAUUAUGUGUGUUGGGGAAGGCGUAGAAUGUGCAUUCCAUGCUGAUCUGUUUGUUCUAGAAGGACCCUAAACGUCCUUGGCCAUCUUGGGAGGGAGGUGUCAACUAAAUGCAGGCCAACAUG